AUGGAGCACAACUCGUCGGACGAUGAAGAAGACCACCAGCAUUUGAUCCCACAGAACGACACCCGAAACCGCCACCGGGAAGAUCCGCUUUCCUCCGCCACCACCACAACCGGCGGGACUCCGAGAUCGACGUUCCAGAUCGAUGACAUUCUGUCACGGAGGAAGGUCCCGCUCAACAAACGCUACCUCCUCGCCGCCGUCUCGCUAACCAUCGCAAUCGGUCUAAUCUUCUUAUUCACUGAUCCUCGCGAGCUAUUCUCCGCGAAUCUCUCCAGCUUCAAAUCGUAUCCACUCUCGAAUCGCGUCAAGGAAUCGGAGCUUCGCGCACUGUAUCUUCUCCGGCAACAACACCUCGCGCUUCUCUCUCUUUGGAACGGUACGUUGGUGAAUCCUUCCCUUAAUCAAUCUGAUUUGGGAUCCUCUGUGUUGUUUGAGGAUGUGAAGUCUGCUGUUUCGAAGCAGAUCUCAUUGAACAAAGAGAUCCAAGAGGUGCUUCUCUCACCACACAGGACCAGAAACUACUCCGGCGGCAACGAAACCGAUUCCGAUUCCGGUCAUUACACCUCCGGCUACGAUAGAUGUAGAAAAGUCGAUCAGAAGUUAUCAGAUCGGAGAACGAUAGAGUGGAAUCCGAGACCAGAUAAGUUCCUCUUCGCUAUUUGCCUCUCAGGCCAAAUGAGCAACCACUUGAUUUGCCUAGAGAAGCACAUGUUCUUCGCCGCAUUGUUAGAUCGAGUUCUCGUGAUCCCGAGCUCCAAAUUCGAUUACCAGUACGAUAAAGUGAUAGACAUAGAUCGGAUCAACACUUGCUUGGGAAGAAACGUUGUCGUUUCUUUCGAUCAGUUCAAGGAAAAGACGAAUGCGAAGAAGAAGAAGCUUCCUCCUCGAAUUGAUCGUUUCAUAUGUUACUUCUCGUUACCGCAGCUCUGUUACGUGGACGACGAGCAUGUCAAGAAGCUGAGAGGUUUGGGGAUUUCCAUUGACGCGAAGCUUGAAUCUCCUUGGAGUGAAGAUAUCAAGAAACCGAGCAAGCGAAGUUCCGAAGAGGUGAAGAGAAGUUUCAACUCCGACGACGAAGUGAUCGCCGUCGGUGAUGUCUUCUACGCUGAUAUGGAGCAAGAUUUGGUGUUGCAGCCUGGUGGACCAAUAAACCACAAAUGCAAGAUGUUGAUCGAGCCAAGCAAGCUCAUUCUCUUGACGGCGCAGCGAUUCAUCCAGACUUUCUUGGGAAAGGACUUCAUCGCUCUUCAUUUCCGUAGACAUGGUUUCCUCAAAUUCUGCAACGCGAAGUCGCCGAGCUGCUUCUAUCCGAUACCACAAGCUGCAGAGUGUAUCGCGCGGGUAGUGGAAAGAUCAAAUGCGCCAGUGAUCUAUCUAUCGACAGACGCUGCAGAGAGUGAAACAGGUCUGCUUCAGUCACUUGUUGUGGUGGAUGGCAAAAUCGUGCCUCUUGUGAAACGUCCACAGCGUAAUUCAGCUGAGAAAUGGGACGCGUUGUUAUAUCGGCAUGGUAUAGAGGAUGACUCUCAGGUGGAUGCAAUGCUGGAUAAGACGAUAUGUGCAAUGUCGAGCGUCUUUAUUGGAGCUUCGGGGUCGACUUUUACAGAGGAUAUAUUGAGGCUAAGGAAAGAUUGGGGAACGUCUUCGAUGUGCGAUGAGUACCUAUGCGGAGGAGAAGAGCCAAACUUCAUAGCGGAAGAUGAAUAA